AUGUCGUUCUUUGGUGUUGAAAGGGGGUUCGAAGUCGUUGAGGAGGUGGUGAAGGGCUUGGGGGAGAUGUCCAAGGCUUGUGAUGGUGCGGUAAAGGAUAUGCCGAAGACGUAUUGGGAGGAGGAAGAGGAUAGAUUGGGGGAGAGGGAGUGUGAGAGGGAUUAUGAGUUGGAGUUGAAGAUGUCGAGGAUGUGGGAGAGGUAUCAUGCUUUGCUUGAUCCGAGAAGAGUGCGGAUGAGGAAGGGGGCGCUUGCUCCGAGGAAAGUGGUGGGUGGGGGUGAGCCUGCUGAGAAGGAUUGGAGUUUGACGUGGGAUUGGGGAUUGGAAAGUAAACCGGAUGGAAAGAUUGAGAAAUGGAGUAGGAAAAUGGAGAUUUUUGAGAUGGAAGCUGCAUCUAUGGUUUCGACACUUUCGAUACCUCCAACGCCUUUAAUAUCUUCGGAUUCUCCAACACCCCAAAUACUUCCAAUCCUUCAAACACCUCCAAUACCUGAAAUACCUGAAAUCUCUCCAGCAACUUCAACACCACAAAUACUUUCAACGUCUUUAAUAUCUUCCACACCUUCUACAGGACUUAAUGCAGAUCACUCAUGGGGGCUUGAUUCUGGGUCAAAGAAAUCCAUGUUAAAACAGGAGAAAACUUCUCCUAUCAAUAUUAGCGAAAGGAAAGAACUUUACCCAGACGAUUUGUAUUCUGACGACUUGUAUUCGGACGAUGUGAAAUGGAGCAUCUGA